CGGAGCGGCGGGGCCAUGGAGAGCGGCGGGGCGCUGAACGGCUCCGCCAGCGCCGGGCGCUUCGCCGCCGCCGGCACGGCCGCGCUGGGCGCGCUGAUGGCCCUGCUGAUCGCCGUCACCGUGGCCGGCAACGCGCUGGUGAUGCUGGCCUUCGUGGCGGACUCCAGCCUGCGCACCCAGAACAACUUCUUCUUCCUCAACCUGGCCAUCUCGGAUUUCCUAGUAGGGGCCUUCUGCAUUCCCUUGUACGUGCCCUAUGUGCUGACGGGGAGAUGGAUCUUCGGGAGAAGCCUCUGCAAACUCUGGCUGGUAGUUGAUUACCUGCUCUGCACCUCUUCGGUCUUCAACAUCGUACUAAUUAGCUAUGACAGAUUCCUCUCAGUGACAAGAGCGGUUGCCUACAGAGCCCAGCAAGGCAACACCAAGCAAGCAGUGCUGAAGAUGGUGAUGGUUUGGGUAUUAGCAUUCCUGCUUUACGGACCUGCCAUUAUCAGCUGGGAGUAUGUAUCAGGCCAGAGUAUCAUACCCACUGGGGAAUGCUACGCUGAAUUUUUCUACAACUGGUACUUUCUCAUGACAGCCUCUACGCUGGAGUUUUUCACACCUUUCAUCAGUGUAAUGUUUUUCAACUUGAGCAUUUACCUGAACAUACAGAAACGUACCAAAAUACGCCUGGAUAUUUUUCAUGAAGUGCACCACCAGUCCUUCACUGAAGAGAUGGAAAUGAGCCCAGAGGCAAAGCUUUCUUCAAAAUGCUGUAAGUGGGAGCAGAAGGAGUCAGCUGAAACUCUUGACCUCUCCCAGAGCAAAGCUCAAGCAGCAGCCUCCAUUGCCAGCCAGGGUGCCAAAAACCUGCUGCUAACAAGCUCUGAGAGCUCUGGGAAACCCAAGUGUUACAAUAAAAAGAGAUGUAAAAAUUCAGUAUCCACUGUGUCCUUAGAGAAACGGAUGAAGAUCGUGUCCCAGAGCAUGACUCAACGCUUCAGGCUCUCUAGAGACAAGAAAGUGGCUAAAUCGCUGGCAAUCAUCGUGGGCAUCUUUGGGAUUUGCUGGGCACCAUACACUCUCCUGAUGAUUAUCCGUGCUGGCUGCCAUGGCCAAUGCAUCUCCGACUACUGGUACGAGACUUCUUUUUGGCUGCUGUGGAUCAACUCAGCUGUCAACCCUAUUCUCUAUCCUCUCUGCCACUACAGCUUCAGAAGAGCUUUUAUUAAACUCCUCUGUCCCAAGAAGCUAAAGGUUCAACCUCACGAUCCCCUUCAGAACUGCUAGAAGUGAAGCCAGCCCUGGGUGCAGAGGAUAAGAGCCUUGGUUUGAUAACACGUGUUACAGAAAAGUACUGUAGCUUGCUUCCUUGGAAGGACCUGGUCUGGGACACGUGAGGAAGGCAGCACUGAGACCACUAUUAAUUUAUUCUAGUCCCAUCAACAACAAAAUCCAAAUCACACAGAAGGGUAAGGGUUUUUUGGC